CAGAAUAUUAGAGAGAUGGCAAGUUGUUCAACCACAAAAGCUUUGUUGCAUCACCACCACCACCACCACCAUUAUUUCUUGAAUUGGGAUUGCAUCACUUCGAUAGAAUGCCAAGGACCAUCAAUUUACUGCAAUGGGGGAGAUUGCCAACCAAACCAAUCUCAGCCAAACCGCAAAUCCCAACCUUUUCGUCUACGAAAAUGACAGCUUUAACAAUCCCCAGCAUGUCUUGUGUUCUACUUCUCAAGUGGGUGCAACAAUCUGGAGCUACUUGGGCACCAAUUUUUGUCUUCCGAGGAAAUGGAAGGAAAGUAUUUGUUUUAUGAUUUGAAGUUGAAGUCGCGUGGUAUAAGAAGUAGAUAUGGAUUUAACGGAAAGGCAUCGGCUUUGAGUUUUAUGUAGAAACACAACUGCCCAUACGCCACCUCUUGCUUGCUUCUCAAAACCCUCGUUCCUCGCUUCAAUCUUCCUCCUUUCGCUCCUCUUCGCCCUCUUUGGCUUCUGGGCGUUCUGCUGGUGGAAAAAAGCUUUGGAGUGAUGGGAGACCAUUUUGUGUUGUUGGUGGACCGUCUGCUCACCGAGUCAACACUGGAAGCUGCCAUUGAAAGCAUAAAUCAUGGAUCAAGCAUGCCAUUGCCAACACUAGAAGCUGACUAUUAUCCGACGAAGAAAAUCAUUGGAGACGGGGUGUUCACUGGUAAGAUGGUCGAAUGUCGAAUCUGUCAGGAUGAGGAUGAGGAUAUCCAUAUGGAGAUUCCCUGUUCCUGCUGCGGGAGCUUAAAGUUUGCUCACCGCAAAUGUGUGCAGAAAUGGUGUAACGAGAAGGGUGACACGACUUGUGAGAUAUGCCUACAGCAAUUCGAGCCAGGAUAUACUGCCCCUCCUAAGUUAUUUCUAUAUGGGACUACUCCUAUGCAUUUCAGGGGAAAUUGGGAGGUCUCAAGGCAGAAUAUUCACAAUCAACAAUCUUUAGCAAUGGCACAAACUGAACAUGUUUUCCUGAGACCGACCUACGAUUAUGCAGGUUUGAGUGAUAGAAGUAUUAUAUAUUGCCGCAUAGCUGCUACAACAUUCAUGAUUAUUUUGGUUCUUUGGCAUUCUCUCACUUUUAUUACUGAUGAAACUGAACAAUGCUCGAUCCUACUUCUCGCGCUCUUGUUGUUGAAGAUUGUUGGCAUUGUCCUACCUAUCUAUGUUACGUUGAGAGCAUUGUCGAUAUUUUAUCAACGCAAACUACAGGCAAUGUAUGAAUCUUCUAUUUCAGCAUCACAAGUAGGCAAUCAACAUCCACACCCAUCACAAAGGAUACAGCCCUAGUCACAUAUAAUUGACCUUAGCCAACUUCAUGACAUAAAGGUCAUGAUACCCCAGUGUGUAUAUUGAUCAUCUCGGUCUCGGAUGUGGCAAAAUUACGAUUUAAGCUUCGUAUACAUCAAACAUACAGAGUACAUACGAUGUAUAUAGUGUGCUAGGUGGGAUUACCCACAUAAUGGUGCCACUCUCUUCGAGUACUUGAAGAUGCAGUGCGGUUGUGCAAUGUAUACUCGGAUAGUCUUGUAUUGAGAGGAUGCCUUUGUAAUUUGCUAGUACGAAGUUCAAAGUCAGUCCAACUCUGUAACUCUGUAACCAGUUUGUUACUAGAAUGGGAAAGUGAAAUAUUUUGAAAAUGAAAUUAUUUCUGUA